AUGCCCACCAAAGCUUAUUGUUUCUCCAGCUGGCUAGCGUCCAGUGUAAAGGAGAUCCAUGGACCUCUGAGGACUCCCAUUUGGGCCGUCUGCUGCCGUGCAGACUAUAACGGCAACAGCCGCAAUGAAGCCCUACAAUUUCAGCCGCCUGCUCCCGUUGGAGAGCUCAAACUGCGGCACAAAUUACUACUUACUCUAGCUCCAGUGGAGCUUCCACAGCAGCCCAAACCCCCGGCCGCUUCCAUAGCUACCUCGGGCCCGCUAUCGGAGCGGCCCACUGGAAUAAAAUUGACUUAUCUGCUAGAGCAGUUUGAACUGCUCCCGCACGUCGCGCCAUGCAGCCAAGCCAUGGAGGAGGUGGAUAUGGAGGAAGCGGUGAGUAAUAUUAUUCAGCCGCAGUUGGAUGGGAUAACUAGGUCACGAGACUUAAUAGUCCAGGAUGCCUUGGAGCAGCUGCAGAACAUUCUCAAAGGGGAGGGUGAGCAGCCAGAGGUUGUUGUGCACGUCGGCACAAAUAACAUUGAUCCUACAAAAGGAACCUGUUAUACCUGGGGAACUAACCACUUCCAAACAUUUGACAAUAAAAUAUUUGUCAUCAGCACUACCUGCAACUAUAUAUUUGCCAGUGACAGCCUCGGAGAUUUCAACAUUCAGCUCCGUAGAGGAACUGACGGGAACAUCCUGAGAAUCAUAAUCGAGAUAUUUAAUACAGUCAUCAAGGUUGAGAAUGGAAAUAUCAUCAUGAGUGAUAUAGGAACCAUCGAAGUGCCCUACCGAGGAAACCAAAUACAAAUCUAUCCUGUUGGAGACGAAUACAAACUAAUAGUCAAUCAGCCAGAUCUUGACUUAGCUGUUACCUGGGACAAUGCAUGUUUUCUAAUGGUUGAACUUGGUGAUCGACAUCAGAAUAAAACCUGCGGCUUGUGUGGAGAUUUCAAUGGUUCUCCUGAUUUUCCUGAAUUUGUUUUUAAUGGUGAGAGCAUGGACAUCGAUGGGUAUGUCGCAAUGCAUCAGAUAGAUGACCCUUCCGAAGAUUGCCAUGCUGAGCAUCAAUUGUACCUGACCACAGAUUACACCAUCUAUCUGCUGAACAUUGCAGCUCCUUUCUGUGAGCUCGAUCGGACGGAUUACAUCAUGGAAUGCCAGCAGGAUUUGUCCCAGUGCUUGGUGCGAGGAGACAGGAAUUGUGCUUGUGCUACCCUUUCUCAGUUCUCGCGCCAGUGUUCCAGGGCCCUGCAGCCGGUCAGCAAUUGGAGGAAUAGCACAUUUUGCCCUAUGGCUGACUGUCCCGCGAACCAGGUUUACCAGGAAUGUGGAUCACCCUGCUUAUCUACCUGCUUAAACCCACAGUUCACUUGUGACAGUUAUUGCAAACCUGGCUGCUUCUGCCCAGAAGGAACUGUUCUUGAUUACAUUACCUCCAAAUAUACAUGCAUACCUCGAAAUCAGUGCCCCUGUGUUCAAAAUGGGAAGAUAUAUGCCCCUGGAGAAAAAAAGGAUACCUUGUGUUCUUCCUGCACCUGCGUUGGCGCUCAGUGGGACUGCUCUGACAUUCAAUGUCCUGGAACCUGUUCAGUUGAAGGAGGCUCAUUUGUGACCACAUUUGAUGAAAGCACAUACCGAUUUCAUGGGGACUGUCAGUAUUUACUUGUUGGGGAGUCCUUCUUGUUACUUCUCGCUGCUCGCAACUGUAUUGUCCAAAAGCUGCCCAACCAGCCCGGCAUGAGGGCUUUCAUUCUGCAUUUUGCAGAGCAGAUGAAGGAAGGCAGGAGCAUGCAGAGCCAGAGCAAUAAGAUACCCAACCAUGGCACCAUAGAGGCAGCAUUUGAACAAUGUGGCAGCCAAUACACAGAAACACGUUUGUCAAGUGUCAUCUAUGCAACGCACGAGACCAAGAUAGUUUUCACAAGGAGUAGCAUGAUAGAAGUCAAUAAUCAAUUCAAAGACUUACCGUUUCGAGCAGGGAAUAUCAAAAUCUACAAACGGUCUUCCAGCUACAUUCAAAUGGACACUGACUGUGGCCUAGGGCUGCUCAUUAAGAUGACAGAAGUUUUCCAAGUGUAUAUUAUGGUUGGGAACUGUAAAUUUGUAACGUGCAACUAUGAACAAACAAAUGACUUCAUGUGUGCAAGCCUUGAUUCAUACGCCAGUGCUUGUGCGAAAAGAGGCAUAAUCUUGGCGGGCUGGAGAAAUGUUAUGGACGGCUGCGGAAUAUCUUGCUCCUUCAAUCAGGUCUUCAGUUAUGACUCCAGGGUCUGUCAUCGCACCUGCCUGUCACUGUCCAAUCCAGAAUUUGAGUGCACGUCAAUCGAUCCUCCAGUGGAUGGCUGCAACUGCCCAGAUAACACUUACCAGGACAUCAGCGGACAAUGCGUGGAUGCUGCCGAGUGCCCUUGCUUCCUGGCUAACAUACUCGUGGCACAUGCCAACCAGCAGAUAACUCUUAAUGGCGGAACAUGCUUUUGCACCAGAGGGAAGUGGAAUUGUCAGGGGAGUGGACUGUGUCCGUCAACGUGUAUGGUUCAUGGAGAAGGACACGUCACGACAUUUGACGGAAAGCAAUAUGUCUUUGAUGGGAACUGCGAAUAUAUUUUAGUUCAGGAUGCUUGUUCUGCCAUCUACUCACAGCCAUCAUUCAAGAUAGUGGCAGAAUAUGUCUAUUGCAGCCAGUCAAAAACCGUUUGCACCAAGGCGAUAAAGGUGUACUACAAGGAUUUUCUAAUCAAAAUGACAGAUGCCACCUACAAGGUCAUACCAGAAAGUGCUGUCGGGAAAUUCACAGUAAUUCAUAACCAGAUGUAUCUCACAUUCCAAUUCGGAGAUCCUGACACUCUUCAGCUAAUAGUUACAUGGAAUUUAAAGAUGAAUACGUACAUACAGAUUAUUGGGUUAUCUAAGUUUUCAGUGUGUGGACUCUGUGGCAAUGCCAAUGGUAAUAUUAAAGAUGAGCUGAUAACUCAGACCCACUAUUCAGCUAGCACUUUAAUGAGCUUUGUAAACUCUUGGAAAGACGAUCCCAUGUGUGAGGAUGUGACUGAAGUUGUGUACCCAUGUGCAAAAAAUCCAUAUCGAAAGUCAUGGGCAGAGAAGCGAUGCAAAAUAAUUCCCAGUGAUGUGUUUCGACCCUGUCACAAGUUGCUCCGUUGGUUUCCAUACUAUUAUAAAUGUAACAGAGAUGCGUGUGGUUGUGAACUGGUUGGGGAUUGCGAGUGUCUCUGUGAUGCUGUUGCAGCCUUUGCUAAAGCUUGCUUAGAUGCCGGGGUCUGUAUCGACUGGAGAACCCCAGACUUCUGUCCUGUGAACUGUGAUUUCUACAAUACUCAUGAGCAAGAUACUAACAUUUAUAAAUAUGACGGCGACAUCAAAUGCAACUGGCACUAUCAACCUUGCUUGUGCCCCAAUGCUCCUUGGACCUUCUCAAAGUCAAAUAUGGAAGGAAAAAAGCCUAAUAACUAG